AUGAGUGCAUAUACAGAAAAGCAGACGAGAAAAGGAAGCCUCUUGAGAGUACUGAGAUGCAGCCAAUAUAUUCUCAACUGUGUGGCUGAGAAUCUGCUCACCAUGUUACCCAUCUACAUGAGUAAGUGUGGGACCGUGCCCCCGGAGAGUUGCUUCUUCAGCCUCAUCUGCAGUACUGGAUGCUUCAUGGUGAUGUUGAUAGGACUGCUGCGGUAUGCCCACGUCAUAGAGAAGCACCAGAACUGUGUCCUCAACACGACCAGCCUCUCCACUGGCUGGAUCUGUGCUGCAGGACUCAUCGUGGUGGGCAACUUCCAGGUGGAUUAUGCCAAAGUGCUACACUACGUGGGUGCAGGGGUGGAUUUUCCCACCAGUAUACUGUUUGUAUGUCCGCAGUCAGCCCUGACCUACCGGCUGGCCAAGACCCAUGGGGAGUACAACGUGGGCCACCUGCGACUCGGGAUGAGCCUGCUAGCCUUCAUCACCCUGGUUCUCAGCGGUGUCUUCUUCAUCCAGGAGAGCUUUGCCCUGCAGCACGCCUCUGCCAUCUUUGAGUGGCUCUUCUGCAUCAUCAUCAUGCUCUUCUUUGGGACCUUUGCUUUUGAGUUUGGGGACAUGUCCAGGGACACCCUGAUGGUGCUGGCCAGAGGAGGGGGUGUCCAGGGCUUUUUUAGCAGUGACCACAAGGCUGAGAAGGCAGGAGGGCCCAACCACCACUAUCAACCAGAUGGCAUAGCCAUGCUGUAGGCCUAUCAAAGCGAGGCUACGUGGUCAUAGACCAAACACAAACAGGGUGGAAGUGGGAAGAUUGGAUGCCUGACCGAUCAUAGUCCACCAGAAGGCAUGAAGACGACGGACCCUGCAAACGGACCUGCUAGGUAUUGCAGAUAGCUAAAACACCCAAAGCUUUUCUAACCAAUGACCAAAGACUAAUAUCAUGUUUUUGCCAUAUUUGUACUGCGUUACAGCAGACAGUACA